AAAAUGAAAAAAAUGCAGGAUCUUACUAGCUACUAAGUACUAACUACUAAGUCACCGAGCUAGCCGUGAAGUGCGAAGCAGAGAAGAAGAAUGGAGGCGCUACACCCAUUCAAGCACCUCAUCCACUUUGCUUCUUUGAGGUCUACCCGAGCAAUUCAAUUUCGAAACCCUUCUUCUUGUUUCAUUGUUCGCUGUUGCUCGUCGUCUUCUUCUUCUGCCGCCGCCUUCGUCACUGACAGAGCCGCCGGCCGUAACCGGCGGUCCUCAUCUACCACCUCCACCUCCGAUAGAGAAGCCAUUCGCGCCAUCCGCAUCAAGAAGGUGGAAGAAUUAAGAAUCAAGGGCUUGGAACCCUACGCAUACAAGUGGGAUAGGACUCAUACGGCUAAUCAGUUACAAGAGAUUUAUAAAGAUCUAGGAAAUGGUGAAGAGUCAAACAAUGAGAAUGAUUAUGUCUCAAUAUCAGGAAGAAUUGUGGCUCGCAGAGCUUUUGGAAAGCUUGCCUUUUUUACCUUGAGAGAUGACUCUGGGACAAUUCAGCUCUACUGUGAGAAGGAAAGGCUCUCCAGUGAUCAAUUUGACCAUUUGAAGACACUUGUUGAUAUAGGAGAUAUCUUGGGUGCUCGUGGUUCAAUCAAACGCACUGAGAAAGGGGAGCUAUCAGUUUGUGUGAAUUCAUUUUCAAUUCUUACAAAGUCCCUACUUCCAUUGCCGGACAAAUAUCAUGGCCUAACAGAUGUAGAUAAGCGCUACCGGCAGCGGUAUAUAGAUAUGAUUGCAAACCCUGAGGUAGCAGAUAUAUUUCGGAAGAGGGCAAAGAUUGUUUCUGAAAUUCGGAGAACAGUUGAAUCUUUUGGCUUUAUUGAAGUUGAAACACCAGUUCUUCAGGGAGCAGCUGGUGGAGCUGAGGCUAGGCCAUUUAUUACUUACCAUAAUUCUCUUGGUAGGGAUCUUUAUUUGAGAAUAGCAACUGAGCUCCAUUUGAAGAGAAUGCUGGUUGGCGGAUUUGAAAAAGUUUAUGAGAUGGGCCGGAUAUUUAGGAAUGAAGGCAUAUCAACGCGUCAUAAUCCUGAAUUUACCACCAUAGAGAUGUACGAAGCAUAUUCAGAUUAUGAAAGCAUGAUGAAUAUGGCAGAAGAGAUUAUUACAAGAUGUGCUCUUGCAGUUCAUGGGAAACUUACUGUGGAUUAUCAGGGUGUCGAGAUUUGCCUAGAAAGACCUUGGAGGAGAGAGACAAUGCAUAAUCUCGUGAAAGAAGCUACAGGAAUUGAUUUCAACCAGUUUGGUGAUGAUCUUACAGCUGCUAAAGAACUUGUUCUUAAAACAAUUGAUAUUUGUCAUGACAAUCAACAGAAAAGCUAUAUUGAAGCAUCCCGAUCUGUUGGCCAUUUGCUUAAUGAGGUCUUUGAGAUGGUAGUGGAACCAAAGCUUCUUCAGCCCACAUUUGUUUUGGACUACCCAAUUGAAGUAUCUCCACUUGCCAAACCCCACAGAAGAUAUUCAGGGUUAACAGAGAGAUUUGAACUUUUCAUUUGUGGUCGUGAGCUGGCAAACGCCUUCUCUGAAUUAACUGAUCCUCUCGACCAGAGAGGACGAUUGGAAGAGCAAGUGAGGCAGCAUAAUGAGAAAAGAGAGGCUGCAGUUUCAGAAGCAGCUGUUGAGGGAAAGGAUGACAAAAACGAUGACGAUGACGACGACUCCUAUGAAGUGACUCUUGAUGAAGACUUUCUCACGGCUCUAGAAUACGGGAUGCCCCCUGCUUCUGGAAUGGGACUUGGCAUCGACAGGCUAGUAAUGCUUUUAACGAACUCUGCCAGCAUCCGCGAUGUCAUUGCUUUCCCAGUGCUCAAGGCUCAACCGAAACUUACCGAGUAGCAGCGGAUAGGUAGGAAUUCUGUUUCCAUAAAUUGGGUAGUGAUGCAAUCAAUGCACAUGGGUUCAACAAAUUCUUCCAUUUUUCUUCAUGGGAUCUUAUGGGUUGUGUCACCCACCCAUGUUCUAUUCUUGCUGAUUUUAAGUCAAUUUUGGACAAUGAUCCCCGUCCCCACUAUACUACCAUUCUUGUCAAACGUUUUUGUUUUUUGAAGAGACAGCUUAAGUUGUUGGAAGACUUUGAUGAAAUACAGAGUAGAUAAAGUGUGUUAUUUUCUAAUUAAACAAGUAGUAUUUUUUA